UUGGAGCACAAGGAGUAAGAACAACAGAGAAGCAAAGAUGAGUCAUGAACAACAAGAGUCAGUCUGUGAAAAGCUCUCAAGAGAAUUCAAAGAUUUCAAAUGGAGGGAAAUGUUCACAUGGAAGCUUCUGAAAACAAUAGCCAUGGGUCAGGGUCUCUCAGCACUGAUUUGUGGAACUGCAGUCACAUCUCAGUACCUGGCCACAGAUUUUCACCUGGACGUACCAAUGCUUCAGAGCUGCAUCAAUUAUAUACUUCUUUGCCUCACAUACACUACUGCACUUUGUUUCAAAAGAGGUGAUGAAAAUAUUCUGCAGAUCUUAAGGACAAAAUGGUGGAAGUAUGUAUUGUUAGGGCUGGUAGAUGUGGAGGCAAAUUAUGCAGUGGUGAAGGCUUACCAGUACACCACAUUAACCAGCAUACAGCUUUUGGAUUGCUUUAUUCUUCCAAUGCUGUUGAUCCUAUCCUGGGUCUUCCUGAAAACACGCUACAGAAUCAUUCACUAUGUGGCUGUGUGUGUGUGUCUGGGGGGUGUAGGAGCCAUGGUAGGGGCAGAUCUAGUCUCAGGGAGAGACCAAGGAUCAAGCAGUAACAUUCUGUUGGGCGAUGGCCUAGUUAUCAUCAGUGCCACUCUGUAUGCAGUCUCCAACAUGUGUCAGGAGUACAUUGUGAAGAAAAGGAACCGGAUGGAGUAUCUGGGCAUGGUCGGCCUCUUUGGGACACUGAUCAGCGGAAUACAGCUAGGUAUUUUAGAACAUAUGGAGGUGGCAAAUAUUCAGUGGACAUGGCAAAUUGCUCUGCUCCUGUGUGGCUUUGCCGUAUGUAUGUAUGCACUGUACAGCUGUAUGCCUGUGGUGAUCAAUAUGACCAGCGCCACGGCAGUUAACCUCUCUCUGCUCACAGCAGAUCUCUUCAGCAUCUUCUGUGGACUUUUCCUAUUCCAGUUCACUUUCUCAGGACUCUAUGUUGUAUCUUUAAUGGUGAUCAUGGUGGGUUUCAUAAUGUUCAAUAUAAUCCCUACACCAAACCAAACUCCUGAACCAGUGACUGAGGAGGGAGGACAUGACAACCAGGCUGCUGAAUUUGAUGAUGAUGAACAAAUGAGCUCAGAAGUUGAGAAUCAAGAGAAAGGUGCAAUUGAUUGCAGUGGAAAGAGUCUUCCAGCUGAGAAUAAAAAUGGAUUUGUUUUAAACAGUGUUCAAAUGUAGCUCUGAGGUAAACAUUCCAUGUGGAUUUAGUUUUAGGUUGAUGCUACUGUAUGUCUCUCAGUGUAGUGUCAUUGCCUGUACUUCAGUUGCAUUUAGUUUACCUUAGGAGUAUGUUGGAUUUUGUCAAAUUUAAAAAUAUCAACUGUAACUCUUUUUAUGUUUUGGAUAUUGACUGGGAUGAACUAGAAACCCAGACUCUCU